AUGGCGCCUGGGAGAAAACCAAAGGUUACAAGUAAGCCCACUACCAAUUAUUCAUCUCGGAAAAGCAACAACAGCGUACAGAAAAAUCCCGAAACCGUGGCUGUUCCGAUAGAGCUCCAACAAACGGUCCUUGAUGUGUUCAGACGGGCUUUUGCAUCCGAUGAACAGCAGGACGUCAAGGCUGCCAUACAGGAGGUCAAAGGCCACCUGUACCAACGAGAUUUUGCCGCUGCCUUUGCUAAACAAGAAUAUCUCGAAGCAUAUGCUUUCAGGUGGAGUUCGAGCCGUGCUCUUGGAUACAGCGAUAUUUUCCUUCACGGCAACUUGCAGGAGGUAUGGCAGGGCGGGGCCGCAUGUAAUGCCACCAGUAUUGAACCAUCUCUGACGAGCGCUACUACAGUCGCUUGCAUUGGAGGUGGUGGAGGCGCGGAGGUGGCUGCAUGUGCGGUUGCGGCAAGGACAUAUUCGCUCUCGAAAGUGGAUGUUCACGCAAUUGAUAUUGCGGACUGGUCGAGUUGUCUUACAAAGCUAAGAGACACCCUAUCGACGCCACCAGCAUUGUCAACCUAUGCCAGUGAACGCGCGAAGGCGGCCAACAAACCGUUGGUCGAGCGUGAUCAACUAAAGGUUACGUUUUCGCAGCGCGACAUACUUGCAAUGGAAAGGGCGGAAUUGCGUGCCACACUUGAUGCAGUCCGGCUCUGCACCAUCAUGUUCACGUUAAACGAACUCUUUACCAGCUCGAUUUCGCGGACGACUGCAUUGCUGCUGGCGCUAACUGAUAUCAUGCAGCCGGGCUCAUGGCUCCUCGUGGUAGACAGCCCCGGCAGUUACUCGGAGGUCAAAUUGGGUCAAGGACAGGAUGCAAAGACGAAACAAUAUCCAAUGAAAUGGCUACUCGAUCAUACCCUUCUGGAGGUGGCAGGGUUAGGCGAGAACAGUAAGUGGGAAAAGCACGUGUCGGACGAUUCGAGAUGGUUUAGAUUGAGCUCAUCGUUGAAGUACCCCAUCGAACUGGAGAACAUGAGGUACCAGAUCCAUCUGUAUCAACGGAUAGAAGGGGUAUCAUAG